UUCUUUCCUCUUGCAACCCCGCGGACCCAGACACAGAUUUGCCCAACAUGAACGGCGAAGACCCCCAAGAGCGGCCAGAGCAGAUCCGCAACAUAAUCAACGGACUUGAGCGGUAUAACCCGCAGGCAGCUGACGUCCUCGAGGCCUACCUCCAACAACAAUGUGAGGAGAAGUUCUGCGAUUGCAACGCCAACCGGGCGCUGCUGAAGCUCUACCAGCUCAACCCCGACCGAAUCAAGGAUGAGGUAAUCACCAACAUCCUCGUCAAAGCCAUGACACAGUUCCCCUCACCGCAAUUCGACCUCUCCCUGCAUCUCCUCUCUCCCUCGCAGUCCAACCCGGGCCCCAACUCGACGUCCGACCUCACCGAGGCGGUGUCUAAACUGCGCGUGCUUAACGCCCAGCUCGAGGGCGCGCAGUACGCUCGCUUCUGGGUGACGCUCGACAGCGACGACAUCUAUGCAGACCUGACAACGGACAUCGCCGGGUUCGAGGAGAUGAUCCGGCUGCGCAUCGCCCACCUGGUCAGCCAGGCGUACCGGGAGGUGCAGACGAGUGUGCUCGAGGGCUGGCUUGGGCUCGACAGCGAGGACGAGGUCAAGAAGUUCGUUAUAGAAACGUGCGGCUGGAGAGUUGGUGAGGACGGCCUCGUGCAGAUCCCCAAGAACCCGGAUAACGAAGCCAAGAAGGCCGAGAUCAGGGAAGAUGUUUCGGUUGAUAUGUUCGGCCGCGUCAUUAAGAGGGCGUGGGAGGACAGCGCGUAACCCAUUGUCUUUGUCCUGGAAUAAGUAUUCAAGGUUUGACGACGGAAACAUCGGGCCACAUCUCUGCAGCGGCCGCAUCUGCAGUGGCCAUUUCUUCUAGCAUCUGGCGGCAACAGCUUUGGCGUUUAUGGGUUGUUACGGCGGCAGUUUAUGCCGCGGGUGGGCUGCAGAGGGGUGUCUGUCUGGAAUACCAUGGCUUCUACGUUUAGAUGAUAGCCUCGUUGCACGUGCGGAUGCUAACACGACGACAUGACAUGAUGUUCCGCUUCAUAGACUCCCA